ACCACUGUGUUUGAGAGCGUGUGAUUUAAAACAGUGCCGGUAGUCAGUGCCACUAAAGCUUUGUCCCUGGCACUAGAGCUCCACGCUACAGCAGCACCACAGAGAUUAGAAUCACAAAUGAUCACAUUGCAUUGAAUCUCAGCAGUCACUGAAUUAUGAGUUUGCAUCACUCUCUGGCUGGAUUAAUUCGAAUUUAAUCGUAAUUUGUGUUCCUUUCCUUUUGCAUUGUCUUCAGGUCUAAGCUUGUGUUGUGGUCAUGGGGUCUAUAAUUUCAUUUUUGUCUAGGCUGAUGAGGGGUCUCCCUGUACUGUAAAAGCGGAUGCCAGGUGGAUCUAUGUUAAGAGACAAAAAAACAAGCGACGGGAAAUCAGUGGAAGUUUAAGAUCGAGGAGGAUGCAGACUAUGUGUUGGUGCGCUGUCCUUCUCCUCCUACCCGCUAUAUACCUGGUUGCUUGUGUUAAUGCUGCCAUUGCAGGGAAAUCAGAACUUCUCAAAUCAGGAAACCCAAAAUCUACGUUAAAAAAUAUAUGGACAGAAAGCAGUAAAGACUUGUCUAUCAGCCGACUGCUAUCACAGACUUUACAUGGCAAAGAAAAUGCCACUGCUUUGGACCUGCGAUAUGAUACCCCUGAACCAUAUUCUGAGCAGGACCUUUGGGACUGGCUGAGAAACUCCACAGACCUUCAGGAACCUCGGCCAAGAGCCAAAAGACGGCCAAUUGUCAAAACAGGGAAGUUUAAGAAAAUGUUUGGUUGGGGGGAUUUUCACUCCAAUAUUAAAACUGUCAAGCUCAACCUGCUGAUAACUGGAAAGAUUGUGGACCAUGGGAAUGGAACUUUCAGUGUCUACUUCCGUCACAACUCCACCGGCCAGGGGAAUGUAUCUGUGAGCCUGGUUCCCCCAACCAAGAUUGUAGAGUUCGAUUUGGCACAACAGAGUGUGAUUGAUGCCAAAGAUUCCAAGUCUUUCAAUUGUCGCAUUGAGUAUGAAAAGGUUGACAAGGCAACCAAGAACACACUCUGCAACUACGACCCCUCUAAAACGUGUUACCAGGAGCAGACGCAAAGCCAUGUGUCAUGGCUCUGCUCCAAGCCAUUCAAAGUGAUCUGUAUUUACAUCUCUUUUUACAGCACUGACUACAAACUAGUGCAAAAAGUGUGUCCAGAUUACAACUACCACAGUGACACUCCCUACUUCCCAUCUGGUUGAGGCUGGUUCAGUUUGAAGUUUGAGGAAACAAAGGUAAUUUAACAAGGCUCUGGUCUCAGAGAAAUGGCCUAUUUGCACUGUCCUGAAUGCGUUCACUUUUAAAUGGCGAUGCAGUUUGGGGAAAAGUUUUAUUAUUAUUAUUAUUAUUAUUAUUAUUAGUAGUACUAGUAGUACUAGUAGUAGUAGUAGUAUUAAUACAAAAAAACAGAUCUCUUACACAAGGGUCCUGCUAAGAUAUCUAAACAAAGAGUAGCAGCAAGGUACAUUUUUCAGAACCACGUUCAAACUGUUACAUUAAUAAUAUUGUAUUCAAUAAUACAUUGAUAAUACACAAUUUUUAAAGGAAGCAGGAUGUUUAUUCCAGAAAACAAAAUAGCUAACAGGAAAUGCAUUUACAAUUAAUACAUUUUCUGGGUGUAAAUAUAUUGUCAAUUUCCAUUCUCAUUUGUGCCCAUUUUUAGUUGACCUAUCAACAACACAACCACAGUUGAAUCCCUUUACCAUUCCCUCUUGGAAAUCUCACUCAAAGAGUUCAUUCUGCCCUUCUGAGAUGACUAUGUGACCCAUUUCCUAAAGAAAGUUUUAAAAAUCAUUCUUAUUCUACCAUGCUGUUAAAUAAUUCCAAGUAUUUUAGUAAACACUUAUCUCUUCCACUAGGAAUUCCAAGCCUUUUCUUCAUUACGACCACAUCCUAAAUUAGUUAACUGACUCUUAGCAGCUUCAAGUAACUACAUUAGAACCCGCUUGGAGUAAAAACCUGCACUGGAUUAGAUCUCAAGGGCCAAUGUGUAGUACCACUGCACUAGGUGCUGUAUGUAUAACCCUUCUUUAUACUAGGCUGAUCAUUUGCUGUUUUGCUGAUCCUGUUGUUACAGGUGCAUUCAGAUAAAGGCAAUGUUUCAUUGCUGCUAACAAAGACCUGAUAAAGCUGAAUUAGAUCGUUUGCAUUCCAAAGAUAAGUAGACACAUUCAAGGCAAUGCAAGUGCUGUCCUUUCUUGAAAGGGAAAGGCUAUUGGUGAGCAAACCUUUUUUAAUGGACAUGUUUUAUUAAGGCAUUUUGUGUAAACAAGAAAUACUCUCUGGCUAAUAUAUAUUGGCCACCAGAGGUAGAUGAUGACAUUUUCAUUAAAAGUAACUUACUGAUAUGUACGCUAUAGAAGGUUUGUUCACCUUUAUUAUAUCAAUGUAAUGAAUUCUAUAUCCUAGGCUUAAUUUGUAUGAAUGGUUUGUAUUGUAUAUAGUUUAUCCUGUGUUAAUUGAGCUGCUUCUGUAUAUUCUCUUGUAUCUGUCAUUCUCUCUCUACCCUUAUAACUCUUCCCCUUCCUUCCUUCUCUCUCUCUAUUUCUCUCUCUCUCUGCUUGUUAUUGGUUAACACAAAGGACAUGAUUGAUUAAUUUUAUCAAUGUAGAUGUGAACUCUAUGAAACAGAAUUAUGUACAAAACAAUUAAUAUGUCAAAGAUAUAAAUAUAAAACUUACAAGUCACCUGUAUUAAAUUAUUUUAUUUCUGGAGAACAACAGAGGAAAUGUACAUAGAAAUAAAAUGCUGAAAGGUUUUCCGUUUCAAUUUUUGAAUUUAUGGCAUAUUCAUUGAACAGAGUGGUGCUUCGUGGUUUUUCAGUAGCAUAUUAAUAAAAGCUCUGGUUGCUAUGUCGACUGUAUUUCAAACAAAUACUGUAUGACACU